GGGAGGAUGAAGAGGAUUAGUACAGAUUACUGAGCAGUUUAUAACAGCAGACAGGAGGAAGAAGUGAGCACACUGACCAGUUAGGAAAUAACUUCUGACCAACUGGACUAGAUUGAUGCAGUGAACUGGGACCAGCCUCUAGAACAGACUCUUCCAGUGGGUGUGCAUUGGUGGAGGAGGUGUGAACUUCUGUGAGCUGGCCUGGGCCAGCAGCCUGUGUGGAUGGACGGGUUCCAGGCAUACGGAGCGGGGAAGGCCGGUGGCGCCUUCGAUCCUUUGACCUUCAUCAGGCAGCCUCAGACAGUGAUCAGGAUCCUCUGCUGGCUCUUCUCCAUUGUGAUCUUGGGAUGCAUCACUAACGAAGGUUAUGUUAACCGCCCUGAAGAGGUGGAGGAGUACUGCAUCUUCAACCGCAACCAGAAUGCCUGUAACUAUGCUGUUGCCAUAGGAACGCUGUGUUUCCUCUGUACCAUCGGUUUCCUGGCACUGGAUGUUUAUUUUCCUCAGAUCAGCGGAGUGAAGGACAGGAAGAAGGCCGUCAUGGUGGACAUCGGGGUGUCGGCUUUUUGGUCUCUCAUCUGGUUUGUGGGUUUCUGCUUCCUGGCAAAUCAGUGGCAGAUUUCUAAACCUGAAGACAACCCUCUGAAUGAAGGCGCCGACGCCGCUAGAGCCACCAUCAUCUUCUGCUUCUUCUCCAUCUUUACUUGGGCGCUCCAGUCUCUGCUGGCCAUCCACAGGUUCAAACAGGGAGCCGACACAGUCAUCUUCAACCAGGACUACGUUGAACCCGAGCAACAGGAGCCAAUGGAGGCACCGCUCACAUAUGAAUAAAACUCCACCCACAGGCUGGCUUAUGCCUGGUUCAGACGGCAGAAUUUUCUAAUUUUCAAAUGAUUUUCAAAACCUGAGAGACCUCACAAGUGAUGAUAAAAAAUAUAUAACAAGUUUGGUCCUACAGUGUGUGUCCAGCCACACAGCAAGUACAACACACCACACGAACAGAUUUCACUCACAAACAUUCAGAUGUCAGGCGGGAAAUCUCGCAAAACCUCGCAAGUUUAAACAUGAGUUCAGAGUAAUUCCCUUCUGCGUUUCUGUCACCUCGCAUUCUGAUUGGCUACACGUCACGUUCAACAGGUUCGUUUGUCCUCGGGGAACAACCCACAAGGUAGGACAUUGGGGCAAGACAAUCCAACAUGUUGAAUAUCCCUGUUUUGAGGUCCGAGUGGUCCCAACGUCAUUUCGAGCAGAUUCGAUCACUCUUAACACAUCACACACAGCAGGAUUUUCUUAUAAGGUUAUUUUAAGAGCCAUCACGACAAUUGAGGCAUGUCGGAGGGGGAAGAUUGAACCAGGGAUCAGUGGAAGGGUUCACACUUUGCAGGGAAUGAACUGGGAAAUUCAGGUGAAGUGGUCAUGAUGCAUUUUGGGAACACGACAUUAACAAGUCCUGGACGCCUUCCUCGGGAGGUGUUCCAGGCACGUCCCACCGGGAGGAGGCCCAGGGGAUGGCCCAGGACACGCUGGAGGGACUAUGUCUCUCGGCUGGCCUGGGAACGCCUUGGGCUCCCCCUGGAGGAACUGGAGGAGGUGUCUGGAGAGAGGGACGUCUGGGCGUCUCUGCUGAGUCUGCUGCCCCCGCGACCCGGUCCUGGAUAAGCGCAAGACGACGAAUGAACGAACGAACAUUAACAAGUUUUUCCAAUCCAGAACAAAAUUGAUUAAUUCGUUAAUGACACUCAGCUUUGAGGCAUGCCAUCUUUCUCAGUAUCCAAUCACCACCUAGAGCAGUGAAAGUUCCCUUUUUAAGCUUGGUUUUUAUUUAAAAAAAGUGUAUAUAAGAUGUUUUAUACCAAUGAUCCAAACUGUCAACAAAUGAGUCCGUGUUUGGUCCAUAUCAGGUUUGCUAUGUGGUCUUGCUUCUACUACUUCCUACAAAAAACUUUCACAAUUAAAGCCUGGACAUUUUUGACCUAUCAGGUCAAUCAGCCAGCUGCAAAAUGCCAGUUUCCUUUUAGAAAAACUUGGUUUUAUUUUGCAUUGAAGAAUCUUAAAAGAAGAAUGUAUUUAAAUGUCUGGAGCAUCCUUUUUGUAUAACCCAGGAGCUGUUAGGCACAGCGCCUCCUGCUGGUCAUUAACUCCUAUUUUAUUCAUAAUGGUGCUGUAAUCUGUGAUAAUUAACGGCAAUAAACAAUAAGCUGUGUGUUUCAGGUCUGUCUGACAGCAAUAUUUGUGGAUCAGA